AUGCUUAAGAAAGCGGGCUUCGGCCCCAAAGUCAAACCCAAGGUGGUUGCUCGUCGCAACGCGCCAGCUUCCGCAAAGUCAACAGACUCAACUCCCGCUCCUACCGAGACAGCGUCACAGCCUACCACAGCUGCCCCGACUCCCACCGCCGAGUCCGGUCCUUCGACCCGCCAGGUCUCGCCGGCUUCAGCUUCAGCCCAGCCAACCCCUCCUGCAACUGGCCCAACCGAUACAGCUCCCGAGAAGGCGGCUUCGAGCGUUGCCAAACCAGUCACAAAAGAUGCCGCUCCAGCGAACAAGCAAGCACAAGCUGCAGCUGCCUCGGCCCCAGCUCCGGCCGCGGCACCGGCGCCCACUCCAGCCCCUACCGCAACGGCGAGUACACCGGUGGAGAAGCCAGCAGAAAAGCCAGUGGAGAAGCCAGUCGAGAAACCAGUAGAGAAACCAGUAGAGAAGCCAGCGGAGAAAUCAACAGAGAAGCCGACAGAGAAGCCAACAAGCAAAAAGAGCUCGAAUGCCACGGCCGAGACUCCCAAAGCAGCGACUCCGAAACAAACACCUUCCAGAACCAGGGGAACGCCAGCGACGGCUAUCACCCCGACUAUCAUCGAAAUCACCAGGGGGCCUAGAGCCAGAAGAUCUGCGGCGACAUCCGGUACAUCGGAGCCCAUAGCACAAUCUCCGUCCAAGGCUACACGUCCGACACCCGCAGCCGAUACCUCUAGCGUCACGUCCUCGACAAGCCCAAGUGGAACGACCUCCACAGAAGGUGCUUCGACACGGUCUAGCACAGAGUCUACACAAGCGACGGUUUCAACAUCUUCAGUCACCCAGACUGCAGCUGCAGCUGCCGAGAGCACUACUGAGAGCCGAGCCGAGUCGAGUGCCGAGGCAACGGCCGAACCAACAACCAAACCCACCAAGAAGGCUCCCGCAAAGAAGCCAACCCCGAAGGCGCCCGCAAAACCACGGGCUCCUCGAAAGCGCAAGGCGGAUACAGCAACUGUUGAAGAGGAAGCGAACAACGAUGAAGCCGAAGCCGAGAAUGAAGCGGCAGCGCCACCCCCCACCAAGCGAGCACGGACAAGGAAAGCAGCGGCCAAGCCGAGCGCCGACGGAGAAGAAGCGGCUGAAACCGAAGGAGAAGCGGCGGCGGCAGCACCAGCUCCCAAGAAGCGAGCUCCUCGAAAACGCAAGGCGAAUGCAGCAACUGUUGAAGGCGAAGCGGAGGAUAAUGAAGCCGAAGGUGCAGCUGCAGCAGCACCUCCCAAGAAGCGCGCACGGACAAGGAAAGCUGCUGCUGCUGCUGCUGAGCCGAGCGUUGAGGGAGAAGACGGCCAGGAAGCGGCGUCCAAGCCGAAGCGGAUGCGGAAGCCGAGAAAGAAGCCGACGACAGAUCCUGCCGAGCAAGUCCAGAUCGACGUCACCCAGCUAACCAUGGCCGAGCUGGCCAAGGACCUGCACAUCGGCAAAAAAUUCAGUCUCCACGACGAGCUCGCCGAGCGCGAGCGCGCCAAGCGGCAGAAAUACUACGAAAAGCGCAAGAAGCUAAAGCGCGGCGAGACAGGCGACGGUGACGAAAAUGCCGAAGACGGCGGCGGUGCCAGCGGCGAAGCAUCCGCCUCCGGCACGCCCGCUCCCGGCGCCUCUGCCUCUGCGACCAACGGCCCUGGUGUCUCCUCCCGGCCCGCCAUCGACGAGCCGCCCCUCGUUGACUCGGCCGUCGGCGCCGUCGGCGAGCAAUACAUCAUGAUCGACGGCGAAAUCCGACUUAACGAGCGCUCUCUCCAAGUCAACCGGCACGCAACCAUCGACCACGCCAACUACGAGGUGCAAGAAGAAAACGACUUCACGCAUCUCACCACUUCAGCCACCUACCUCCGCCGCAACAUGAAACCGGGCCAGUGGACCGAGGAGGAGACCGACAAGUUCUAUUCCGCACUAACCAUGUUCGGCACGGACUUUGAGACCAUCGCCCGCCUGUUCAAGGACAAGACACGCAAGCACAUCAAACUCAAGUUUAACCGCGAGGAAAGGAGCGACCCGGACAGGAUCCAAAAGGCGCUUGUGGGCGAACGCACGGUAACGAUCGAUAUUGAUGCGUACCAGCGCGAGACGGGGCAGGAGUUUGAGACAGCCGAGAAGAUUUAUGAGGAGCAGAGGAAAGCCGAGGAGGAGUUUGAGGCGCGGCAGAAGGCGAUUGAGGAUGCCAAGGCCGAGGAGGAGAGGAAGAAGGCUGAACUGCUGUUCGGCAAGGAUGGACAACAGGGCAAGAAGAGGGGGAGAGGAAAGAAGGCGAGGCCGGAGCCGUCGGCUUGGUGA